GCCGCGGAGGAUUUAACGAGUUGCCGGGGCUCCGGCUCGAAGGACAGGAGUCUUAUUUACAAUUUUAAAUAUAUUGAGGGCAACUAGUUUUGUCACUACACUAUCUAAUGAGAGGAGGGCGGAGUCUAUACUAUGUUUGAUUCCAUAUUGGCACGCUAAGUACGUACACAACUGUUCAUAUCCUCUUAUUUCUUUCAUCAUUGGUCAGAUCACAGACAGAUGACACUCGGCAGUUUGACAGUUGACACUAAAAUCACUUCGUACAUAUACUUGAUAGGCACUUGAUUGAUGUUUAUAAGACGGAAACAAAUACGACAAUACGGUAUUCGCCGUAAAUUUAAUACAAAAUGUAAAUUUUAUUAUAAUUUGUAAAAACAAAAUGAAAAUCAUUAUUCAAUUGUUUUAUUAUGCAGUAUAAUAUACGUUUAAUUUAAAGUGUUAUUAUGUAAAUUGUCAUUUAAAUAAGUAGCAGGUAGAUGUUACACUUUGUGUGACAAAGUUAUCAACAAGUACUUUUAAGUUAUUUUCUAAGUGAUGGCAGAGAUGAACAACGCAGACCCUCAAGUCCCUAGUGGACCGACACACCUGUAUUUGCUUCAAAUGGAUUCCAGUAUUAAUUUAAGUUUAAAUGAACAAGUACUACCUUUGCAUUUAUUAGAUAAUAGCUUAGAAUAUGGUCACAAACAGUACCUGCUACCAAUUCCUUUAAAGCAGAAAGAAACAUCAGAUCAACUGGAAGUACUUAUUGAUUCUAGUCAAGGACAAGCUAAAAUAAUGGGUGUUAUUGAUAGAACUUAUAAAGGUGCACAGAAUCUUUUACCAAUCUGUGAUGAUCAACUUCAGAUUGCUUCAGCAUUGGGAGGCAGUAGUAACUUGGCUUUAAAAACAGAUCAUCUACCAGACUUGCAAGGAACACCACUGGAUCUAAGUAUUGAAGAAACAGAACUUAAUAAUAAAGUAUGUGGCUUUGAUGACAAAGUACAUAAAACUGUUAAUAACUAUGUUCACAUAUUUGACCGCGUUGUACCUCCGCGCGCCUAUGCUGUAUUACCGCCGAUACUUCAAGUACAAAGACGCCAUAUAAUCUCUACACGAAGAAGUUUACCUGCAUGUGCACGGUUUGGCCCUGUUCAAGGAAUAAGAAACACAAUAUCUCAAUCAGAAGCUGUGGAACUAGUGCUGAAUGCUACUUCGAACAAAAUACCUUUAUUUCUAGUAAGGGACACGGAUGGGAAUAUCAUACACAUUGACACAGCUGAUAAAGAUAAAUCCAACUGGAUUGGAUUACUGCCAUUAGGAGAUCAAAACUCUGCAAAUGUAUGGCUGUAUGAGGAAAAUCAAGAACUGUAUGCAAUAACUACAGAAACAGUACCACUAAGAAAACCCCUUAAACUUGGGUACAGCAAACAAUAUGCUGAUGAUUAUGGAUUAAUAGGCCCAACUAAAGAAAUUAGAAAAGAUACUCAAGUUGAGAAAACAUGGUGGUGUUACGAAUGUCAACGCACACUGCCGUCGGAAAAACAAUUAAAAUCUCAUACAGAAACCUACCACAAGGAUGGGGCCUUGCUAGCAAGACGACGGUACCGUUGUCGACAUUGUACAAGAACAUUUUCUAGACUGUUUGCAUUAAGAAGGCAUAUAUUAGUUCAUUGCCCUGUUAAAUUAGAAAAAAGGAAUAAAGUAACCAAUCAGGAUACGAAGAAUGAUGCGCCACAAAUUAAUAUAAAUAUAUCAAUUAACUCUGAAGACAAUAGGAUACCGUCGGACGAAAGUUUCCAAAACUAUUCUAAUGGAUUAGACUUCUCCACUAACCUGUUUGAUACAGAUCGUAUAUCUAGUCUCGAUAUAUCUGGUAACACCAGAUCUGAUAAUGAUUUUAAUCCUUACGCCAUCGGGUAUAAAGACGACAAUGAUUUAACUAGUGAUCUGGAUUUUUCAAGUAAAUUAGAAAAUCAAAGAACUGCCAAAGAGAAAUCACCGCAACCAGAAGAACAAAUUAUUGUUCCUUGUGCGUAUUGCAAUGAAAUUAUUGUUAAAGGAAAUAGGCGCCAACAUAUAAGUAAAUGUCCAGCCCGUGUAAUGACUUGUGAAUGUAAAAAGGUGUUCAGAAACGUGAAACAAUUUAAAGAGCAUAUAUGGAGUCAACAUUCAAACGAAAAGCCGGUUCAAAAUGAAAGUGAUAAUAAUGUACCUGAUGCUCCUGAAACAAAAACAGAUGGUCCGCCUCUAUAUAAGUGUGAACAGUGCCAACAUACUUUCAAGCGUCGAGGUAUGCUGGUGAACCACCUAUGGAAGAUACACAACAUGAUCUCCGCUCGAGUGCCACUGGAGCGACGCGUGCGUCACUACCCAUGCGGGACUUGCACCAAAUUAUACAGAACUGCAGCUAAACGGGACCGACAUGUACAACUACAUCAUCCAGGGGCAGCGAAGUUCCGCGUAGAAGCCCUGGACGGCGGCACGCGAGUGUGUGAGCCGGCGAUGUGCUCCGAGUGUCCGCGACAGUACGUCACACGAGCCAAGCUACUGCAGCACCAGAGGGCACAUCACCCGUACUUGAUUCCACCGCCAACAACAAGAAAAGGAAAAAGUUUAUUAAUGGAGCAAGUCAUAUAAAGUGUAAAGGAAAGCUGAGCAAUAGUGUCUCAACUGGCAGAGGCGCGAGAAGUUAAGUUUACACAGACCCUGACGGAGCCUCUAAGGAUUGGAUCACAUAUAAUAUGCACGGGGA